AUGAGGUUUCAUCUUGCCUUGAGGUUUUACUUGCAUUACCUGGUUCUGCUGGGCUUCAGCGGUGUAAUUUCGAUCUAUGGCCCACACCAGAGGGCCCAGAAGACAGGUGACAUACUGCUGGGGGGGCUUUUCCCAAUACACUUUGGGGUGGCAUCCAAAGCCCAGGAUCUUGCAGCGAGGCCAGAAUCAACUGAGUGUGUCAGAUAUAAUUUUCGUGGAUUCCGUUGGCUGCAGUCUAUGAUCUUUGCUAUAGAGGAAAUCAACAACAGCUCUGCUUUUCUUCCAAACAUCACGCUUGGCUACCGUAUAUUUGACACAUGUAACACUGUCUCGAAAGCCCUGGAGGCGUCGCUAAGCUUUGUUGCACAGAAUAAGAUCGAUUCACUCAACUUGGAUGAGUUCUGUAACUGCACAGGGAACAUCCCAUCAACCAUUGCAGUGGUUGGAGCAUCUGGAUCUGCUGUAUCUACAGCCGUGGCUGACCUUCUGGGCCUCUUCUACAUUCCUCAGAUCAGCUACGCUUCGUCCAGUCGACUUUUGAGCAACAAGAAUCAGUACAAAUCGUUCAUGAGAACCAUCCCCACAGAUGAGUAUCAGGCUAUUGCCAUUGCUGCCAUCAUUGAUCACUUCCAGUGGAACUGGGUGAUUGCCAUCGCCUCUGACGAUGAAUAUGGUCGCCCGGGGAUCGAAAAGUUUGAGAAUGAAAUGUUUCAUAGGGACAUCUGCAUUGAUCUCAAUGUUUUAAUUUCACAAUACAUCGAUGAAGCUGAGAUCCGCCGCCUGGCAGACCGCAUCGAGAACUCAACCGCAAGAGUCAUCGCCGUGUUCGCUAGCGGACCGGACAUCGAGCCACUCGUUAAAGAGAUGGUGAGGCGAAACGUCACAGACCGUAUCUGGUUGGCGAGUGAGGCGUGGGCCAGCUCUAGCCUGGUUGCCAAGCCAGAGUACCUUGAUGUCAUGGGAGGAACGAUUGGCUUUGCGCUGAGGGCUGGCCAUAUACCCGGCUUUAAAGAAUUCCUACAGCAGGUGCAUCCAAAGAAGUCCAGCCAUAAUGAGUUUGUGCGAGAAUUUUGGGAGGAGACAUUUAACUGCUAUCUUGAAGAUAGUCCAAGGAAUGAGGACAGUGAAAACGGCAGUACAAGUUUCAGACCUCUGUGCACUGGUGAAGAGGACAUUGCAAGUGUGGAGACACCGUACCUGGACUACACGCACCUACGGAUUUCUUACAAUGUGUAUGUGGCUGUUUAUGCCAUAGCACAGGCACUUCAGGACAUACUUACCUGCACACCUGGAAAAGGAUUGUUUGCUAAUGGCUCUUGUGCAGACAUUAGGAAAGUUGAAGCAUGGCAGGUUCUGAAACAACUGAGACACCUCAACUUCAUAAACAGCAUAGGGGAGAGGGUGCGCUUUGACAAUGGCAGUGAGCUCUCAGCAAAUUAUACCAUUAUAAACUGGCAUCGAUCACCUGAGGACGGUUCUGUUGUGUUCAAGGAGGUUGGUUAUUACAGUAUGCAUAACAAGAACGGAGCCAAACUUUCCAUUGACAAGACAAAAAUACUGUGGAACGGCCGUCUAACUGAGGUACCAUUUUCCAACUGUAGUGAGGAGUGUGAACCUGGAACCAGAAAAGGAAUUAUUGAUGGCAAACCCACAUGCUGCUUCGAGUGUACAGAGUGCUCGGAUGGGGAGUACAGUGAUCAUAAAGGUUAG